AUGGAUACCCCGAUCUCUUAUGAUGACUACCAAGUGGCUUUCCUGCCUGACUACGAGAACCCUCGAGCGUGGAUUCCUUCUCAUGAGAGAGUAUACCACCCAGACUACAACAAUGAGUUGACCCAGUUUCUGCUUGGAAUCGGCACACUGAAGAAGCCUCUGGGUGCUCAGCUGGGAUUUAACAUCUGGGGAGGAAAGGUCUCCCAGCUAGACAUCUUCAUCUCCAAGAUGAUUCCAGACUCUGGUGCACAUCAAGCAGGACUUCAAGAAAAGGACCAAGUUCGAGCUGUGAAUGAUGUGGAUUUCCAGGAUAUUGAGCACAGCAAAAUUAUCAUCGCCAAAAAAGAGAGAACUGUGCACUAG